GAUUGCUUUUAGGCGUACAAAGAAAAUUAUUUGUUUCUCUCACGAGGAUCAACUACAGAAAUAAUUUCGUAACAAUAUAGGGUUGAUCGCUUUUACUGUAAAUGUUUUUGGAUUGAUAGCGGAAGACAAAAUUUUCAGGGUUCACGGUUGAUCGAGUGCCAUGGAGGAAAUUGAAGUUCAGGGUUCAAAUCCCGCCGAAGAGACAAAUGUGGCUUUAACAGAUAAGAAACGGAAAAAAUCUCAUGAAAAGAAGAAGAAGCAGCAGCUCGAAAAUAAUGCAGAAGAUCUAACAGAACAGGUUCAACCGGAAAUGAAUGGAAUGGAUGCAUCUCAUGAAAAGAAGAAGAAGAAGAAGCAGCUCGAAAAUAAUGCAGAAGGCCUCACAGAACAGGUUCAACCUGAAAUGAAUGGAAUGGAUGCAGCUGACGAAACGAAUGGAAUGGAUGUAACGGACCAAGGGUUUGGCGAAGUAAAGAAAAAGAGCAAGAAGAAUAAGAAAAGAAAAAGUGAUUUUAACACUGAAGAGGAUGAAGUAAAACAAGAGGAAAGCGAAGUUGCUGCUGACAGGAACCGCGAAACAUUAGAUGGAGGAGGCAACGUCUCUGAUAAACUUGAAAACAAAAAAGCGAAAAAGAUAAAGUUUUCUAUCGAGCGGCUAGAAGGGGCGACUGCUAAUGUUUCUGGAAUCAUGAGUAGUAUGUCAUUUGAUACACUUAAGCUGUCGGAGCCGACUUCUAAUGCCAUAAAGGACAUGGGUUUUGAGAACAUGACAGAGAUUCAAUCCAGAUCCAUUCCAGAGUUAAUGAGAGGCUCUGAUGUCCUUGGAGCAGCUAGAACUGGUUCAGGAAAGACGCUUGCUUUUUUGAUCCCAGCUGUAGAAUUGUUAUACCAUAUAUGUUUUACACCUCGCAAUGGUACUGGUGUGAUCAUCAUUUCUCCAACUCGAGAGCUUGCCAUGCAGAUAUACGGUGUGGCAAAGGAUCUUAUGAAAUAUCACAAACAAACACAUGGCUUAGUAAUUGGAGGUGCUACACGUAGAGUUGAGGCAGAACGGCUUGCAAAGGGGGUAAACUUAUUGGUUGGAACUCCUGGUAGACUUUUGGAUCACCUUCAGAACACCAAAGGCUUUAUAUAUAAAAAUUUAAAGUGCCUAGUGAUUGAUGAAGCUGAUCGUAUUCUAGAGAUAGGUUUUGAGGAGGAAAUGAAACAGAUCAUCAAAAUCCUUCCAAAGGAGCGUCAAACUUCCCUUUUUUCUGCCACACAAACAACAAAGGUUGAAGACCUUGCACGUGUAUCAUUUCGGCAUGCACCCAAGUAUAUUGGAGUUGAUGAUGGGAGAUCUAAGGCUACAGUGGAAGGCUUGGAGCAAGGCUACUGUGUUGUGCCAAGUGCAAAGAGAUUUCUUCUUUUAUUCACGUUUUUGAAGAAGAAUAAGUCAAAAAAGAUAAUGGUCUUUUUUUCAUCUUGUAACUCUGUAAAGUUCCACAGUGAGCUUUUGAAUUACAUUGACAUGCCAUGCCAUGAUAUUCAUGGCAAGCAAAAGCAGCAGAAACGAACCACCACUUAUUUUGAAUUCUGUAAUGCUGAGAAAGGUGUACUGCUUUGUACUGAUGUUGCAGCCAGAGGACUUGACAUCCCAGCUGUGGAUUGGAUUAUUCAAUAUGAUCCUCCUGAUGAUCCAAAGGAGUACAUCCACAGGGUUGGUCGAACAGCUCGUGGUGAGGGUGGAAGAGGCAAAGCUUUGUUAUUUCUCAUUCCUGAGGAGUUGCAGUUUCUUCGGUAUUUGAAGGGUGCCAAAGUGCCACUGCAUGAAUAUCAGUAUGAUGAGAAGAAGACUGCAAAUGUGCAGUCACAACUGGAAAAACUGAUUGAAAAGAACUAUUACCUUCACCAGUCUGCCCGUGAUGCCUACAGAUCAUAUAUUUUGGCAUAUAAUUCCCACUCUAUGAAGGAUAUAUUCAAUGUUCAUCGUCUUGAUCUUCAGGCUGUGGCUACAUCUUUUGGUUUCAAUUGCCCACCCAAGGUCAAUCUUAACAUUGAUAGCAAUGCGUCAAAGUUCAAAAAGAAGGCUGGGCAUUCAAUAAAAGGUGGCAAAGGAAAAGUUGAUAGUAGAAAGAGUGGUCAUUAUUUCAGUUCAAAUAAUCCAUAUGGGAAACGACCAGAGGGAGAUAAGAGGCAGUUUGUGCGUUACUAAGAGCAGCUGUAUUCAAACAAAAGCUUCACAAGCCCACAGCCUGGCCUUAAAAUAGAUCAAAACCAGGAAACAAUUUCCUCCCUGAAGAGGUUUCAGCCCUCUAAUGCUACCAGUUGCCGGCAAUCAUCAUUCUAUAUGGUAAUUUAUCAAUCAUUUCACCAGUGGUGAAAUGAUUUUCCUCUUUUGGAGAAAAAGAUGUCUCCUGCAUCUCUGAUUUUGUACUUGUAGUCUACUGUCACAUUUAAUUCUGUAUUUCAUAAUCUAUAAUUUUGUUCAAUCAGUUUUGAAGGCUAUAAUGCGGCAUUUUUUCCCUUAACCUGCAUUUAUAAACUAUGACUGUCUUUGACAGUUAAUGAACCUUAUAAUGCAGAAUUUUUUCACAAGAGGCUUGCCAAUUCAUGUAUGCUUGCCAAAUUAGAUGCAAGCAAUAUAAUCUUGAAUCAAUUUUUAAAAGGUUUUACUUA